AUGAUACAUAAAUCUGCUGUCUCUUUUUCUCUUUAUUUGUAUAAUCUUUCUUCUUUUCCUUAUUACUUCUUUAAAUUUUCUCCAAGCUUGCAUUUCUUUGGUUACACUUUUUUCUUUCAUUCUUACUUUUCUUCCAUAAUAAUAUUUUCAUUCAUUUUUUCAUCUCUCUCUCUCUCUUUUAUAUCCUAUUUCCUUUUAUUUCAUUCUUAUUUUCAUAUUUUCUUCCGUCUAUAUUCUUCAUUCUUUUCUAUAUAUUUACAACAUUUUAAAUUCCUCAAUUUCACCUUCCUCCAUUUCUCUUUCUUUUACACUAUUAUGCAUUCUCAUAUUUCUUUACUCUUUCUUUUUCUUUCUUUCUUUCUUUCUUUCUUUCUUUCUUUCUUUCUUUCUUUCUUAUCUUUUAAUUCUUUCUUCUUUUUCUUUUUAAUUCUUUCAUAUUCCCUUACUCACUUUCUUUCUAUCUUAUCUUUUUAA